UGCUUUCGAAAAAUAGUAUUGACGACCACAAAAUUAGAGGGUAGUGAUGAUGAACAUGUCCACUCGGCCUUCGCUUCCAGAUAUAGCAUAAAUAUAGAUUUUGCAACAGAGUCCAUCGAUUCGACCGACAAGAAGGUUCAGAGUGUCGGGCUUUAUGCGAGUGGCGGCGAAGAUGAACUCCACCCUGGUAAAUACCUGAUCCAUGCGGCGGUUGCUAUCGGUGGUUCGCGCAUGGCCGUUUCUCGGCAGUCUGAUCGGGUUCAUGAAUGGGUCGGUAGUGAUGCUCCGCGAGGAUUUGGCCAU